ACAAGUUGACGUGGCCUAACUCGAAUCAAUUGUGUUCUCUCUAUCUCUCUGUCUCCCUCACCUCUCUCUCUCUCUCUCCUCUCCAAUUCACGAUGGCUUCUCUCAGACUCCCCGCUCAGCUCGUUACACGUGGCACUCUCAACCACCAUAACUCCUCUUCCUCCGCCGCUCCCUGCGUUAGCCUCUCGUGGCGGCGAUCUCUCACACCGGACAAUUCAUUUCCCAACCUCCCAUCUUCCUCACCCCUUAACCGGAAACCAUCGACGGUAGUGCCGGUUACAUGCAGUGCUGCAGCGGUUAACCUUGCUCCGGGGACUCCAGUCCGACCUACGAGCAUCUUGGUCGUCGGUGCCACCGGAACCUUGGGAAGACAAAUCGUCCGGAGAGCUUUAGACGAAGGGUAUGACGUCAGGUGUUUAGUCCGACCAAGACCAGCUCCCGCCGACUUCCUCCGUGAUUGGGGCGCCACCGUCGUCAAUGCGGAUCUUAGUAAACCGGAGACAAUUCCGGCAACUUUGGUCGGAGUCCAUACUGUAAUAGAUUGUGCCACGGGACGUCCUGAAGAACCCAUCAAGACAGUAGAUUGGGAAGGGAAAGUGGCUCUUAUACAAUGUGCAAAGGCUAUGGGGAUUCAGAAGUACGUCUUCUACUCAAUCCAUAAUUGCGAUAAGCACCCCGAGGUUCCUCUCAUGGAGAUUAAGUAUUGUACCGAGAAAUUCCUUCAAGAAUCCGGUUUAAACCACAUUACAAUCCGGUUAUGCGGUUUCAUGCAAGGUCUAAUCGGUCAAUAUGCAGUCCCCAUUCUGGAGGAAAAAUCUGUGUGGGGAACAGAUGCACCAACGCGUGUGGCUUACAUGGACACACAGGAUAUUGCUAGGCUGACACUUAUUGCUUUACGCAACGAGAAAGUCAACGGAAAGCUUCUAACGUUCGCUGGCCCUCGUGCAUGGACAACUCAAGAAGUAAUAACAUUAUGUGAGAGACUUGCUGGGCAAGAUGCAAAUGUCACAACGGUUCCAGUUUCUGUAUUGAGAGUCACACGUCAAUUAACUCGGUUUUUUCAGUGGACAAACGAUGUUGCAGAUAGAUUGGCCUUCACAGAGGUUCUGUCGAGUGACACAGUCUUCUCUGUUCCGAUGACCGAGACUAAUAGUCUACUAGGUGUGGAUCAAAAGGAUUUGGUGACUCUAGAGAAGUACUUGCAAGAUUACUUCAGUAACAUAUUGAAGAAACUAAAGGAUCUUAAGGCACAAUCCAAACAAUCAGACAUCUACUUCUGAGUUCUGACGACCUUGUAGUGUCUCAACGCUAUUUAUAAACUGCACUUGCAUCCAUAAUGUGUCACUGUGAGCUUCAUCGGUGCUUUGUUUUUCCAUAAGUUAUUGUACUUUUUCUUGUAAUUAAAGAGAAUUAUUGUAAUAUAUGUAGCUUACCAUACAUAUUCUUUGUUCCCUUGAGGUGAAACCAGCAGGUGAAAAAAGAAAAUGAGAUUUCUGUGAACCAUCA